AUGGAUGGUAAGGUUCAGCUUCAGAAACAACUUUUUGAUUAUACUGCUUCCCUAUUCCAACUUUUUGGUGUUGUGCUCGAUGCAAGUCCAUACUUGUCCAAGGGUUCUUCUGUUGUUAUCAUUUCAUCGAUUGCUGGUUAUAACCCAGUGGCUUCUAUGGCUAUGUAUGGAGUGACCAAAACAGCCCUUCUUGGACUUACCAAAGUUGUGUUGCUCCUGGUUUUGUACCAACUAAUUUUGCUUCAUUCAUUACCAGUAAUUCUGCUAUGCAUUGGUGCACAAAGAGUUCAUGAAGCCUGCAUUCCUUUUCGCAACUUUUGCACGGAACAAAAUGUUGAAGGGUGUUUGAAAAGCUUGCAACAAGUAAAACAUGAGUAUUCCUUGGUGAAAAGCAAGCUUGAGACUCUUUUCAAGAUGGAGGAAGAGCUUUUGGCCUCACGUUUAGCAGAUCUCAAGGUAGUGUGAUAUAAGAGGCACUGAUGUUUGCUGCAUUUGUGAUAUGCAAACAACACUUGGAAGAAACCAUAUCUUAAUGUUGUAUUUUAAAGUUGUUUUAAGAUUUAGUUUUGUAGAUCUUGGUCUUUAAAUUCGAUUUAUCAUAUAAGCCAGAAUUGAUCCAUAUAUCUUUAGUUCAAAAGCAAUGUGAAUAGCUCAUGCUUCUGUGGUUAAUUUAAUGUGCAAUUACAAGCUCUGUUUGGAUGUUCAAAGAUAUUUUCUUUGCUUAAAGAAAAUAAGUAUCAGAAGAAAGAUUUCCUCUAUUUUCUUUGCUAAGGAAAACAAAUAUUCUGGUUUUCGUCUUUUCAUGCUGUGAACAUUUUUAUUAUUUUUUAUUUUCGUCCAAUUGCUUCUGUCACACUGAUCAUGUUGAGUUAUAUAUUCUAUAUUUGUACAUAUAUCAGCCGGUUUUCUAAUUGCUUUCCCCUUAAUCAUGUAAAUUUUGCA